CUACUUUCAUCAUGUCUUCAAAAGAAGAUCAACUACCACAAAGACAUGCCAGUGAAAUCAUUAUUGACUAUGAACCGGAAUCAUACAAACAACAGACACAAGAAUUUUUAAAACAAUUGCCUCAUAACACAAAAGAAUAUGCCAUUAGCUUAUUUCCUAUUAUGACCUGGAUACAUCGAUAUAACUUUCAUUGGCUAGUCCGUGAUGUUAUUGCUGGUCUUACUGUCGGUGUGGUCGUUGUGCCGCAGAGUAUGGGUUAUGCCAAGAUUGCUCAACUUCCUCCACAAUUUGGUUUAUACACUGCCUUUGUCGGUCUUUGUGUCUAUUGUUUAUUUGCUACAUCAAAGGAUAUCAGUAUCGGUCCUACAGCUGUCAUGUCACUCUUGGUCGGACAGACAAUCACAAAAAUCACAAGCGAAACACCUACGAUCACCGGUCCCGAAAUUGCUGUGACCAUGUCUUUGUUGACAGGCGCUAUUGCCAUGUUCAUCGGUCUUGUUCGUCUCGGUAUUCUUGUUGACUUUAUACCUGGUCCUGCUAUAGCUGGCUUCAUGACAGGAUCAGCCAUUACAAUCUCCAUCGGACAGUGGCCAAAGCUGUUUGGUAUCAAGGGCAUCAACACACAAGACUCAAGCUAUCUUAUCUUUGGAAACUUUUUCAAAAACUUACCAAAUACUAAACUGGACGUCGCCUUUGGCCUUAGCGGUCUCGUCUGGCUUUAUGGUGUUCGUUAUGGCUGCCAGUAUCUCAGCCGACGCUAUCCCAAGUACUCGACGACAUUUUUCUUCUUUAGCAUCAUGCGAAACGGUCUUCUCAUCAUCUUUGCCACAUUGAUUGCGUUCUUGAUCAACAUUGGCAAGACGACAAGUCCCAUUAGCAUCCUCAAGACAGUUCCUGCUGGAUUUCAAGCUAUGGCCGUACCUACCAUAACAACAGACAGCAUAUCAUCCGUCGCGAGCUCACUCCCUUCUGGUGUAAUUAUUCUUAUUCUUGAACAUGUGGCUAUUGCAAAAUCAUUUGGUCGUAUAAACGAUUACUCAAUCAAUCCUAAUCAAGAGAUCGUUGCCAUCGGUUUUACCAACGUCUGGGCAUCCUUCUUUGGUGCUUACCCCUCAACUGGUUCUUUCUCUCGUACUGCAAUCAAAGCAAGAUCUGGUGUCAAGACACCCAUCGCCGGUAUCUUUUCUGCACUGGUUGUUGUUCUCGCACUGUAUGCACUGACGCCUGCUUUCUACUAUAUUCCCGAUGCCAGUCUUGCUGCCGUCGUGAUACAUGCAGUAUCCGACCUUGUUUCUGGACCUGAUUAUAUCAAGCGUCUUGCUCAAGUCUCGCUCUGGGAACUCUUUGUCUUUGUUGCCGGUGUUGUCAUUACCUUCUUCACCACGGUUGAAUAUGGUAUCUAUGCCGCCGUUGGUCUUUCCUUCAUCAUUCUUCUCUUCCGUAUCGCCCGUCCUCGGUUCUGGUCUCUUGGACGUAUUCCUUUAUCAAAUACUUCGACAACUUAUGACAAAAAGCAACCUUUAGAUUACGCACAAAGCUAUCUCUAUGUGCCUCAAGACCACCCAUCACUCGGUAAACUGGUCGAAGAGCUGCCCUCAGGUAUUCUGAUGUGUCGUAUAGACGAAAGUUUGACGUACCCCAACUCGGCCUAUAUCUCUGACAAGAUCAUUGCUUACUGCAAGGAACACACUCGCCGCCAUUCUCAAUCCAUCAGCAAGGGUGAUCGUGCAUGGAACGACGACUCAAACCCCGCUCGUGAUGCUGCUCGUGCCCAACUACCUCGUCUGCAUGCGUUGAUCAUUGAAUGUAGCAGCGUCAAUCGUCUAGAUUCAAGCGGUCUUCAGGCCAUUGUUGAUGCUCAAAACGCGCUCAACCGAUACGCUGGUCAUCAUGUCGAAUUCCACUUUGCAAACAUUACUAACCUCUCUAUUCGUACUUGUCUGAUCGCUGCUGGGUUCGCUAAUCAACCUCGUUUUGGUCUGGAUGAAGAUAAUCUUGGUCCUCGUGAAAUCUUGCCUAUCGUACCUGCUUCCAAGGAUGGCCCUCUUCAACGUCAGCAGACUGCUUCUUCUAGUAGUGAUGAAAGUGUAGAACAUGUUGAGACACACUAUGACCAAUCCAAGUUCUCAGAUGCUGAGAGUGUCAAUACUGCUCACUCAAUUCCUUUACCUCGGGACAAGUAUCCUUUCUUCCAUUGGAGCGCGGAUGAAGCGGUUAAAACGGCACAAAAGACACUCGCAUACAGAUCAGUCGAACUUGAAGAAUAGAUUACGUAUAUACCUUUUUUUUUUGCAUCCUUUUCUUUUUAAUAUUUAUUAUUGUUACAUAAUACAACAUACAAUAACUUGUAUAAAUAAAGUUUUA